GCAUAUCAACCGUUGGCUUACCACCGAAACGCCAUUCUCUUCCUGCUGCGGAACGGUCCAUUGUCCGACCCGGGUUGCGGUCAUGGAACAGGCGAUCGUUCGAAGUUUAGUGCAUAAACUGUGAAACCAACCCUUUGACCCCCACCCACAGUCCGAUUUCCCGCCCCGUCGUCGGUCGGUUAGUGUGUGGUAGUGUUCCUCGGUUUCGCCGGUAGUGUGCGUGCGUGCGUGCGAGCGUGUAUGUGUCCGUGGGUGUUUGUGUUCGGGCGCGAUUCGAGUGUGCAGUCGGUGUGCCGUUUCGUGAGAAAGUGCUGAACCCGUGCGUCCGCGUGCGCCACGUGCGUCUCUCCAUCGCUUAUCCUUAGCCCCCCCCGUCGCCCGUGCGGUCACCAACCACAGUAGCCGCAAUAGACACAGCAACGACUAACAACAACAACAACAACAAUCGCAACACAACAACGACGACGACGAAGAGAAGGAGCAUCAUCAGAGCACGUCCGAGCAGAGCGCAGUGUGCGGUGUAGUGCACCGUGUAACCCUUGCGCCUGUGUGAGUGCACGGUGCAGCCAGAAGAGCAGCGAGCAACAGGAGCCCGUUUGCCCGGGCCAGUAGCCAGCAGAGUGGAGCCAAAUUGACUUCACAUCCGCAUGCUUGAUAAUCUAAACGAAAUUGGAUCGCGAACCGGCACCACCGCAACCUCGACGCCUCGUGCCUCGUGCUGCUGCUGAAGGCACCGGACGAGCACCGCCACCAAAUCGCAUUACUCGCUUCUAAUUAAGAAAUUGAAAAGUGUAACUGCCGCCAGGGCGAGCGGAAAGAGCCCGCCGGAGAGGACGAGCAAACAAUAUCAGGGACCUCGAGCAACGCCACGCACACCGCACAAACAGAUUUGCCGGGCACAGUAGCCCCACUUCCCUCCAAUCAUUAGCCAGCAGCAUCGGCGCCGUGCGCGCAAAAUUGGCCACUAGCGCUCAUUUCGCAGCCUCGAGUCUACGGUCCACCGCUCCCCUUCGCACACACAGCAUGGGCAAGCAGAACAGUAAGCUGAAGCCGGAGGUGCUGGAGGAUCUGAAGCAGAACACAGAAUUCUCAGACGCCGAAAUACAGGAAUGGUACAAAGGCUUCCUGAAAGACUGCCCCAGCGGUCAUCUGUCGGUGGAGGAGUUUAAGAAAAUUUAUGGUAAUUUCUUCCCCUACGGCGACGCCAGCAAGUUUGCCGAGCACGUGUUCCGAACGUUCGAUGCGAACGGUGACGGUACGAUCGACUUCCGGGAGUUCCUGUGCGCGCUCAGCGUUACCUCGCGCGGCAAGUUGGAGCAGAAGCUGAAGUGGGCGUUCUCGAUGUACGAUCUGGACGGUAAUGGAUACAUCUCCCGCCAGGAAAUGCUGGAAAUUGUCACCGCUAUCUACAAAAUGGUCGGCUCUGUGAUGAAAAUGCCCGAGGACGAGAGUACGCCCGAGAAGCGAACGGAUAAAAUCUUCCGCCAGAUGGACCGCAACAAGGACGGCAAGCUGAGCCUCGAAGAGUUCAUUGAGGGUGCGAAAAGCGAUCCGUCGAUCGUGCGGCUGUUGCAAUGUGAUCCGCAGGCGCAGUGAGCAAUUCCAUGCAAAUGAAACACACGCAACCGCCACUCGAAACACACAAACCGUCUGCUGCGGGAGGGAGCAGGCGAAAAUACACGAAGAAGAAACAAACAAACCAACAAACCACUAAACAGCAACUGCUACAAAACCACUUGACCCACUUGAACGAACACUUGAUGAAUACAAAUCAACACAGAACAAUACAGCAACAACAAACAAAAAGCAAACAAACAAAAUUAACAACGUAUAGAGAGAAACAAAACAAAUAUAUAUACAAAUAUAUGAAUAUACUUAUAUUUUUUCCUUUAGACACUCAAACUUAAAUUAAAAACAUCUUUAAACGUAAGAGUUGAUAAAAAACAUUAAAAACAAAGCAUCACGCAACACUAGCUGAGACAUGAAAAUUAGCUAAACUUCAUUAAAAAUCUUUCAAACGUUUUAAAGUAUGUAAAUUGGAAGCGGGCGGUGUAAAAGUAAUUCUACCAAAAGGCACACGGCGCCUCCCCGUUACGCGCGCGGGUGUAACUGUUUGCUGAGCUAGUCAAACAGACAGCUACACCGUCCGGUCCCGGUCCGGUCGUGCGUUUGCGUUUAGCGACGGACUUACAGCACUACGGACUAGGAACGAAAACACAAAAGAAAAAAAAACAUAGUUAAUCGGGUCAUCUUUCUCUCUUCGUUCGUUCGAAUCGAAUGCUGACGCGGGACGCGGGGACGCGGACAUGUGAGCGUCAUUAGGUGUAACUGUUUAAAAUUGAACAAACCAGAACCUAGUAAACAUUAUAAACGACUGUGAAACGACGUGCGUUGCACUGCAGAGACCCCAAAACCAAUCAUUCGCGCACGCACACAUACACUCACCAAAAACGUAAACGAAGAAGCAAAGAGGGAACUUAACUUGCUAAGCGUCUUAAAAAAUGUGUAAAUAGGAGUUUAGUUUGUGUGUGUUUUUUUUUUCGGUUCCUAUCUUUUUUCACAUCAUUUAACCAUCUUACUGUAAACGUUCCCGUAAGGACAGAAUUUUUACGGUAAAAAUUUCACCUUCACUUUGGUUAUCGUUCGUUGAAUAUCAUGCUUUGUUUGUUUCGUUGUUUGUUUGUCGUUGCAUUGCGUUGUCCAUCGGCCAUCGACUAGCAUCGAUUAGUUUUCAAUUCCUAAACUAGUUUUUAGUUGCUGCAUCCCACACGCGUCUCGUGAUGGCUUCAUCCCAGUCUUAUUUCGUUCGUUCUACAACUAUUCAGUUGUCAGUCUAUGGUUGAUCGCGCCAUUUGAAUUGAGCUACUGCCGGAAGCGCGAUGCAAGAACUGAGCCCUGCGGUGCACGCGGACGGCGGUUUUUGCUCCAGAAAAUCGCCACCCAUUCGUGCGCCGCUGGGUACCACUCUUCCGGCCGGUCGCAAGGCUGGACUGGGCUCAUUUGAUACUGUAAUCUGUGAUUUGUAAGGAAUUUGCUUAUUCACUUAGUCCAUCAAUUGGCACCGUCAGUCCCGUCAGUUUCAGUGUCAAACCAUGGGGCCAUUUGGGGCACGGUAACACACAGGUCCAGCUCAGUUCAAUUCAAACGACCGAUCAGUACCUAAGUAGGCAACAUUUACACCACACCACACAAACACAACCAAAACACACGCGUGUGUUGGCUCUUUUCGGGGCACGGCGAAAGGGACAACACACCCACACACGAUCAGUAACACCUGACCAAACUGAGAAUGGAAUUUUUCGCUGCCUCCGCGACCUCACAUCGCUAACUUGCUAGCAGAAUAGACUACGAGACUGCUCCCAUAGCAACCGUAACUGCGGAGAGCGAACUGAUUGUCGGAGACACAGAAGGCCCUGUGGGCGCGGCUUGGAGCAUGGAAAGUUCGACAAAGAAUCCUGCGCAAGGCGAAACCUCAGCAGCAACCUCGUUGAGUGUACCGUGAGGCCGAAACGAUCGCAAGCAGUGAGGCAUCGUCAACGCUAUAAUGGAAUUGAGUAUAGAGCGUUCUUAUUUAAUAUGAUUUUGAUUUGGUAGUUUAUUCCACACCCGUCCUACACAACAAACCUUACUCACCGAACACCACUCUUUGCACUGGCUGGCAAAGGGUCACCACAAACGACCGACACGUCAUUUGCCGACCUAAACAGAUCUUCCGUUGGUGUGCGGGUUGGAAACGUAGCUUGACAGUAACUAGUAACCGCCACUCAACCAUACCAACCAUCCAGUUCAGACGAUGACGAACUGUUCCGUGAGAACCUAGGGUAUCACAGUACGCAAAGUAUUUUUGCACACUUCCGCCGUGUAUCCGCGUAACGGCUUCCGAUAUCCAACAAUGUUGAGCGCAACGGGUGGAAUAGUGCGACAGAAAUCAUCAUCACAACUUAUUUAUUACUUUUACCGAUCAGAAUAUUCACACAAUUGUUUGCUUCCUUAUGCUUGCUUAUUGUGUAUUACUCAUUGUGCACCACAAGCGGACGCCCCGCGUGGUCCAAUGGGCCACAUCUGAAACUUAUUUAUAUUGUAGUCGAAAACCAUGGACCAUGGAAAAUGCCAUGAUAUAGUUUUGUCCCUUAAACCAUGCGUUCGCGUAGCUUUAUUAUUAUUGUUCGAUUUCCGUACCGUCUCAGUGAAAGGAUGUGAAUGUGUUUUGUUUUGCCUUUUGUUUGUUAUUUUAGCUUCGCUAACAGUUGUGUACGCCCCCAUCCUUUGCGCGCGUGGUCAUAGUUAAUACACAGCGAUUUCAAACCCAGCGGUCAAAAGACUUCCUGUGACACCGAAAGCCGAUAAGAUUUGAUUAAAAUGCUUUGCUUCCCGCGAUAGGCAAAGGCAUACACAACCGCAGGAGGACAGGUAUCGAAUUUAUCGACGCAUAAUCUCUACAAUUGGAUAUUUGCCUAAGAAUUUUUAAGGUGACCAGAAACGAACUACAUAAAAACUAUCUCUCUCUAUACUAGUCCCCUUCUUUCUUGCUGAUUGAACACUUUGACUAUUUAGUGUGUUUUUGGAUGAUUCUUUCAACACCCAACCUUUGAAAGACGACAGCGACUAGAGAGUGUACCGCCCGUGCUGUGGGGAAAGAAUGGCCCGGUUUGGCCCGAAAGAAGAAGAAAACGAGCGUCAAAAAAGGGUAACAAUUCAAACAAACAUUGAAAAAAAUACGAUCAUUCUUACGGUUAAUAUUGCGAAUAUCGUGUCGAGUUUUUGAUAUAAGUUUGUACAGUCUUUUGAGUAUAUAUUAAAACUUUUUAUUUUAUU